AUGUGUUUAGCUCCCUUCAUCACCUACCCAAUUACGGCAUAUGUUUUCACGAAUACAGGAUAUUACGGCGAACAACCUGGGGUUGGCAGCAGUACUUCUGGGCCGUACCCGUAUUAUUCGAACCGUCAGGGCCAGGAAAAUGAUUUUGGGAGAUUUGCGGCAAGUCCGCCGGAAGCUCCGAAACCCUACACAAAUAGCCGCGACUACGAACAACAGCUCCGUGACUAUUAUGCCCUCAUCACGCGGCCACCGUAUUAUUACGGACCCCCGAUUGCCUACGACAUUUUCACGCCUAAAAAUACGAUAAUUCCGAGCAAACCAGUGAAUCCGGUCAAGCCAGCCGUCCAAAGGAAACCGGUGGAAAAAGUAUUCAAGCCGGUCCAGAAAUUGUUGCCGUUUAGAGUUGAGGAAGAUAGGCCGAAGACGACGACGAAAAAACCCGAGGAAGAAUUCGUCGUAGAUUCGGACGCGGAGAGCAGAGAAAAUGCGAAAAAUGGCGCUUCUGGCUUUGGAGAUUAUGAAGAUCAGGUCCUCGGCAAAGGUUCACCGAAAAGUUUAAAAGCUCCAAUUUCAAAGCCGGCAAAACCGUUUCUUCCAUCCAGAGCUGGUCAGACCGUCGAUGGCACCCACUAUGCUGCAGACCGAGAAAAGCCGGGGCCGAGCCGAAAAACCGAGUUCGCGAUGACCGAAUUCAUCCCGAUUGGCCACGACACCAGCCCCAGGCAAAGGCUACGAAUCGGCGUGCAUAGAAAAAGGUUUCGAGGCUGGACCGUUGAAGGGGACGCC